AUGAAGCUCAUAUAUAAAAAUAUUGAGAAGGAUGGCUGUGGGAGUAUCGGCCUCGUACCAGAGGAAUCAGAGGACAUGUGGCAUGCCUACAAUUUAAUCGCAGAGGGUGAUGCAGUGACUGCUUCGACGGUACGAAAAGUACAAACUGAGUCAUCUACUGGCUCCUCCACUAGUAAUAGAGUAAGGACUACUCUUACCAUUAGAGUCGAAAGCAUAGAUUUCGACACACAAGCAUGUGUUUUGCGUCUAAAGGGACGCAACAUAGAAGAAAACCAAUAUGUGAAGAUGGGUGCCUAUCAUACAUUAGAUUUAGAACAAAACAGAAAGUUCAUUUUACAAAAAGUUCUGUGGGAUUCAGUUGCUUUAGAUCGGGUGGAAGCAGCAUGUGAUCCUACUGCUACAGCUGAUGUAGCAGCUGUUGUUAUGCAGGAAGGCUUAGCUCAUGUCUGCCUCAUCACACCAUCUAUGACAUUAGUUAGAUCUAAAAUUGAUGUUACAAUUCCAAGGAAAAGAAAAGGAUUUGUUCAACAACAUGAAAAGGGUCUUAACAAAUUUUAUGAUGCUGUUAUGCAGGGUAUAUUACGGCAUAUUGAUUUCAACAUUGUUAAAUGUGUAAUACUUGCAUCUCCAGGAUUUGUUAAAGAUCAGUUUUUUGAUUACAUGAUGCAGCAGGCUAUUAAGACUGACAACAAACUGCUUAUUGAGAACAAAGGAAAGUUCUUAUUGGUAAAAGCGUCAUCUGGAUUCAAACAUUCUUUAAAAGAGGUACUUCAAGAACCAUCUGUAAUGGCAAAGAUAUCUGAUACAAAAGCAGCUAGCGAAGUGAAAUUACUAGAGAGUUUUUAUACAAUGUUGCAGUUGGAACCAGCAAAGGCAUUUUAUGGCAAGAAACAUGUUGAAAAGGCAAAUGAGGCGCUUGCUCUUGAGACACUUAUGAUCUCUGACAAAUUAUUUAGGUGUCAAGACAUUUCGAAAAGAAAGGAAUAUGUAGCUCUCGUAGACUCGGCAAGGGAAAACGGCUGUGACGUCAGGAUAUUUUCAAGUAUGCAUGUAUCUGGUGAACAAUUGGACCAGCUAACUGGUAUAGCUGCGAUAUUACGUUUUCCGAUGCCAGAGCUUGAAGACAGCGACUUGGAGGGAGACAGUGACGUAGAGUCAGAUUGA